AGUUCACCCCAAUUCAACUCCCAGUCUUCCCCAUCUCUAAUUAUAGCGGAGACCUGAAAUCCUAGGCCUGGGAACUUUUCUCCUAGUUUACAGUUCUACCCGAGUCUGCAGAAGAACGGCCCUGGAAGUGGCUCGAAAUACACCACUUCCGGAGGCGGGAGUUAGCUGCGUACUCACAAAGCGAUGGCGCGCGCGCCGCCGGAAGAGGAAGGCGCACACUUUAGACAGUUCCCCACCCACUUCCUGUUCCUGCACAGUUGCUUUGAUAUUGCGGAUUGAACGGUUUCCAGGCGCCUAGUGCGAUGCCGGGCCGAGGCCGCUGCCCAGACUGUGGCUCCAGCGAGCUCGUGGAGGACUCGCACUACGCGCAGAGUCAGCUGGUCUGCGCCGACUGCGGCUGCGUGCUCACCGAGGGCGUCCUCACCACCACCUUCAGCGACGAGGGCAGCCUCCGCGAAGUAACAUAUUCCCGAAGCACAGGGGAAAACGAACAAGUUAGUCGAAGCCAACAACGAGAUCUCCGCCGAGUAAGAGACCUCUGCCGAGUCUUGAAGUUGCCAUCAACGUUUGAGGACACAGCAGUUGCCUACUAUCAGCAGGCAUACCGGCACUCAGGCAUCCGUACUGCCAGGCUGCAAAAGAAGGAAGUGUUGGUUGGCUGCUGUGUCUUAAUUACCUGCCGGCAGCACAACUGGCCUCUUACCAUGGGAACCAUCUGCACCCUGCUGUAUGCAGAUUUGGAUGUGUUUUCUGGCACCUACAUGCAGAUAGUGAAGCUCCUGGGAUUGGAUGUGCCAUCUCUCUGCUUAGCAGAUUUGGUGAAGACAUACUGUAGCAGCUUCAAACUGUUCCAGGCCUCUGCCUCUGUGCCCACCAAAUACGUGGAAGAUAAAGAGAAGAUGCUGUCACGGACAUUGCAGUUGGUGGAACUGGCAGAUGAGACAUGGCUGGUGACUGGGCGACACCCUUUGCCUGUCAUCACUGCAGCUGCCUUCCUGGCUUGGCAGUCCUUGCAACCUUCAAAUCGAUUGUCGUGCUCCCUCACCCGAUUCUGUAAAUUGGCCAACGUGGAGCUGCCCUAUCCUGCUUCUGCCCGCCUGCAGGAGCUCCUGACUGUGCUGCUGCAGAUGUCAGAGCAGCUGGUCUGGUUGCAGUUUCUGAAACUUGACAAACGCGCUGUGGUAAAGCACAUUGGUGACCUUCUUCAGCACCGCCAUAUGCUGAUCCGCAAGGCCUUUCGGGAUGGAACAGAGCUGGAGGCUCAAGAGAAGAAACGGCAGCAGCAGGGAGAGGGAGAGGGACAAGAGGAGGUGGGGAGUAGUUUCUUAGGUUUGCCAGAGGGAAAGCGACCACCUAGUCCUACUCCUCUUCUCCCUCCCUGCAUGUUGAAGCCCCCAAAGCGGAUCUGUCCCCCACCUCCCAUUUCCACGGUUACAGGAGAUGAGGACAUUUCUGACAGUGAAAUAGAGCAGUAUUUGCGUACCCCAGAGGAAGUGAGGGACUUUCAGAAAGCCCAGGCUGCUAGGCAGGAUGCCAUGAAUGUUCCUAAUCCUCCCUAGUGCACACCUAGUGGGGGCACUUCACCCUGUGAUGCCAGCAGUGUGAUCAGAGACCUGUUGGAUUCAGAGCAAUAAGUGUGUGUGCGUUCUUCAGUGUAUGGUCUAGGUGAAAGGAACCGUUUGGGUCCUCAGGUCCCGGAAUGGAAGUUGAAGGAUGUGGGGACCCAAGGAAGUAGGUUGGCAAAAGUCCCUUUCCUUGGUACCGGUGAACAAAUCGCACGCGUUCAUAAUCUGUGGGAUGACUUUCCUCUUAGAACACUGGAAGAAUAGCAGGCUCUCCUCUGUUCCUGGCUUUAGUUGGAUCCACUCCUAUGGGCUUGGUGUGACCUCCAUGCUGGUGUGGAGCAGUCGGUGUUCCCACCAGUGUCAGCUCUGAGAGGCCCAUGAGUUGGAUGACUCUUGGCCUGUGUUCACUCACAGGCUUUCGUGGGCUUGAUGUGUGCAGGUGUCCUGAGACCCUCUACCUCAUAUAAGAAAAGGACCAUGGGUGUACUGAGACUGUGGCUCAAAGGGCUUUGCAAAAUUUUAAUAUAUUAAAACAAGAGGCAUCUGCUAGAAAACAUUCUACUGUAUAAAAACCCAAGCCUUUAAAAACAUGUUUUCUUUGGCAUGUCUCAUCCCCUCCCUCCCCUUUCCCCCAGCAUAUUGCAAAAAAGCUCUCCAGUGCUAAGGCAUUGGCAGGGUAUGUAAACAGCAGCCAGCAUAUGUGGAAGAAGAAUAAUACAAAGCUUUUUUUUUUUUUUUUUUCCUACUAUUGUCUGUGCAGCAAGCAUAAAUAACAGGAUCCAUCCCAAGGCACUUAGUUUUCUUUCAUGUUUUGGAUGAUCAGGCUGGGGAACAUGGGGCCUAAGAGGGGAUCUGGUCCAAGCCUACUUUUCCUGUUCUUCAUAAGGCCUGAGGGCUCCCUUCACUUUCACUGGAUCCUUAGUAAAAGGCUGGUGAUUCCUUUUUAGGUUGGGGGAAAAAAUAUAAAUGCUGGUGUUUAAAAGUGGUGAGUGUGUGUGCCCCAAAAGCUUGGGCUUCUGUGAAGCAGGAAGCUGAUCAUUAUUUUGGAGCUUUCUCCCUAAUAUGGAACUAGAAAAUAAAACUGUAUGGACUGUCUUUCCACAUUA